AGGUGUACGAGCAGCUGGGGCGCCCGCACAGCGAGGUGCUGCGCGAGCAGAGCCUGAGCGAGGGCGGCGGCGCGCUGGGCGGCCCGCUGCGCUACCAGCACUCCGCCAUCUUCUGGCUGCAGUGCGACCAGGCGACGCUGGACGCGCGUCUGGACGCCCGCGUGGACGACAUGAUGGAGCGCGGCCUGGUGGCCGAGUUGCUGGACUUCCACGCGCGCUACAACGCGGAGCGCGUCGCAGAGAACAAAAGCGGGACUUUUGAGAUUAAGCCUCCCACGGUCAUUAUGUUGUUUGUGAAGGGUGGAAUGAUACCAUUCUUGGAAAUGAUAACUCAAUGUACUCCAAGUUGCAUCCGUCUGUUGACUAUUGAAGUGCAUUUCGAGGUAUACCCUCGUUGA